AUGGCUAAAUUAAUUCUAUGGGAUGAAGCUUCUAUGGCCAAGAAGGACACUAUUGAAGUAUUUGACAGGUUGCUCAGAAAUGUAAUGGAUUCUGAUCUGCCCUUUGGUGGCAAAAAUGCAACAAAAGAUCAACAGAUAGAAGCCAGUUUUGUCAACUCACCUUUGUGGAGUACUCUUUGGAAGUUAAUCUUAACUAAAAACAUGAGAGCUAUCUCUGAUAGCCACUUCUCUGAUUUCCUACUUAGGAUAGGCGAAGGCCGCGAACCAGAAGACGAGGAUGGAAAAAUAUCUCUAUCAAAGGAUAUAUCAAUCCCAUUUGAUAACAAAGUUGAUUCGGUUAGUGGAUUUUGUAUUUUCGGAUUUGAGCGCGUUUCAUCUGAUCCAUAUCAGAUCACAAACAGAUGUAUUCUUACUCCAAAGAAUACAUGUGUUGAUGAUAUAAAUGAGAUAAUGAUUGAUCGCUUUCCUGGACAACUUUUUGUGUAUAUGAGCACUGAUCAAACUAUUAAUGAGAGGGAUCAGUUUGACUAUGAAGACUUUUUAAACUCUUUGAAUCCCAAGGGUCUACCCCCUCAUAAAUUGGUGCUAAAAGAAGGUUGCCCUAUUAUUCUUCUUAGGAAUUUAAAUCCUGCAGAAGGCUUAUGCAAUGGAAUGCGGCUUAUAUGUAGACAGCUAAAGCAGCAUGCCAUUUGUACAGAAAUUGCAGUUGGUCAGCAUCAAGGAAAAAGGGUUCUUUUACCAAGGAUUCCUUUCCAAACAUCAGACAAUGAAAAGAAUGGGGUUCCUUUUAAGCGAACCCAGUUUCCCAUCAGACUUUGCUUUGCUAUGAUGAUUAACAAGUCACAGGGACAAACCUUGGAUCGUGUUGGAGUUUAUUUACGAGAACCUGUAUUCUCACACGGUUAG